AUUGGAGUGUUUCAGCCAAGUCGUCAAAAGACAUCUCGCAUCUUGCUUUGCCUUCCAAAAAACAGAGCCUCGGCUAAGGGGGCAGAUAACCAAAUAAGCGGACAAUGAUGUCACAAAGUGCCCUCAACAAGGAGAGGAGAGAGCAAGCAUCAGCCAUUUUGAAGGAAAUGCAAGGAAAUGGUGGAAAUGAGUCAGAUGGCUUGGAUUUUGGCAAAAAGUUCAGCGUCCCAAGAGACAUUAUGCUUGAGGAGUUAUCCCACGUCAAUAACCGCGGUGCGAGACUAUUUAAGAUGCGUCAGAGGAGAUCAGACAAGUAUACAUUUGAAAAUUUUCCAUAUGCAAUGAAGCCACAGACAGCUCAAAAUCAAGUCAACCAAAAUGGAAACACAGAAGGAAAUACAUUGGACGCCAACCAGCAAAUCUCUCCACAGACACCUCCUAACACACCAGAUCCUCGAAGUCCUCCCAACCCUGAAAACAUUGCACCAGGCUAUACAGGGCCACUCAAAGAAAUACCCCCAGAGAAGUUCAAUGAAACCGCUGUUCCUAAGUAUUAUAUAUCUCCAUGGCUAGAAGCCAUAAGCAAUGAACCAGACCUCCUUGAGACCCUGUACCCGAAAUUGCCUGUACCUGGAGAAAUGGCUGAGAUUCCUGACUACAAGAGCUUCAACAGAGCUGCCACUCCUUUCGGGGGAUUUGAUAAUGCAUCAAAGUUAACCACUUUUAAGCUCCCUGAGUUUGAUCUAUUUCCAAUGAUGGAUCCUGCUGUCAAUAUGUCACCAAACCCUCUAAGCUCAAGACGAUCCUUUAACAGAAUGGCUCAGGGAUGGACAUCUGAAAAUAUCCCUAUCUGUUAUGCUACUGACGUCACCUUCAAUGCUGAAAUUCCAGAAUCAGAUGAUCUGUAAAUGGCUGAGAAUUCUGUAAUACAGUCUUCACUCCCUCAAAUGAGACAGCUUGCUUGGCAUGUUUUAGCUAGCUAGAACCGAAUGGACAAUGUCUAAUGCAUCUUUUGUUUGCACUUGUAUCUGUAUGUUUAGGUCUAUUAUAAAUAAACAAAUAAAAUCCUAAUUUCCAUAAAACAAUGUGUCACAUUUAUAAUGGCACCUACAAUGUGUGGCAGAAUUAAUUAUCUAAAGAAGAUGACAACUAUACUGCAAUAAAAUACAGAGCAACACAAAUUUAAGUAGCUGAAAUGCCCUCUGGGCAGGCAGAAAUACUGUGCAAUGGUACAAUUACUGUACUACAGCUCGUUCAUGACAUAGCAGUCUUGUUCAGAAGUAAAGAAGAUCUUUAAAAUAUUUGAGAAACAAUAUAAUGUUAUUUUCUCAAUAGCUUUCUUUUAAAAUUCUUUUGUAUUUUUGACGCACAGGAAAGAGAUGGGAGUGAUUUCAAUAAGCCUUAAAAUGUAAAUAAAGGGUUUUAAAAGUU